CUCGGCAUCGGCUAUUAUGUCCGAAUCAGGUAUCACCACAGAGGGACAAGCGGCUGUUGGUGCUCACACAUUGAAACCGGCUUCUGCGCGAGGGGGAAGGGAGGGAAAAAGAAAUAUCACACCAGCUGCCGGUGUGUCGUGAUUGGUGGAGGGAUGAGUCUACCCUGCUUUACACGGGCCUCUCUCGUGGGCUGUCUCUUUCUCGUUCUCUGGCUUCCGGGAGCCCGCCUGGGGUCGUCGGCCUUGGUAGAGGGAGGGCUGGUUGGCCCUCUUGGCGAGCGGCGAAUCUCACGGUUUUGCACUGAAAGGAAAAAGGAAAAAAUGGAAAGAUGGAAGGAAAAAAAUGAAAAAUAAAAAACACGGUAGAAGUGACGAGACCACUCUACGAUACGGCAAUCCUCGAGGGAAGAGAGCAAAAAACUUGACCGCGGUCGACCCGCUGCUUUGAGAGGCGCAUUGAGAACCGCAAGAAUUCAUACCGGCAGUGCAGUACGACACUCGCCCGAACGGUUGAGGCAGCUCACGACGAUCCGAGCCAAGUUGCGAUAUGGUAUGAUACCGCAGUGAUAGAAUCGUUGGGGACAAAAAGUUCCAAGGAGAGAUGCGUUAUCUCUUGAAGCUUAGCUGCUGCAUCUAGCUAGCAAAAAAUUAGCACAGCAAUCGGUCCAGACUCGAUAAUUCGAUCGCAGAAUGAUACCGAUAUGAUAUCCGGACUGCCUUUGAAUUUGAAGCACAAACUUGUUGCAAACGGGAUCGAAUCACGCUGCACCUCACCUCUGCCCCCGCCAGGCUUCACGUUUUAUUUUAUUUUUUUUGUCGAUUUUGCCCCAAAACUAAUGGUAGCGGCACGGUACGGUACUGUACGAGUACUCGAGCACGCGUAGUGCGCACAGGGGGAAUAUUUCGGCCUUCUUUCUUCUGCCAGGCACGCGCUGUUUCUAAUUUCCCUUACCUACAAGUACCGGUAUCGUGCAAGUGCGAGUACAGUACAUGUACUCGAGCACAGUGGGGGGGAGAGAGCGAGAGCGAGGGGUGGGGGAAGCACUUGGGUAAUAUGGGUAAAUACUUGAACACCUACUCGAGCAUGUUACAUGUAUGAGCACGAGCGCUCGAGUUCGCAGUGUGUGGUAUGCAAGAUGAUUGCCGCGGUGACAAUGAAUGGAUGCAUGGAAAAUGUGUCUACUCGAGUACCGGUAUCGUGACUACCGCUGCCGCGAUUUGACUCGCGGUGAGUGGGGGGGCAAAAGCUCGUUGAAUUUCGCCCCAGAAACCGGCACCCGGAUUGGUUCACCAAAUGUCACCAUUCUUUUGAUGUCUUUGCCAGUAAUUCUAAUGGAGGGUGGCUCCCAUGCAUUGUAUUCGGAGUCGAGCCACUCCUGCUCCGCCCCCCCUUUCGGAUUUGUCUAGCUCUCCUCCAACUAAGUUUCACUCAUGUGAGAGUCCUGUCACACAAAUAGCUUUUCUCUUCCGACUGCUGCACCCAUCGUCCGAGCCCCUUCCCCUUCAACCCAGAACUCAGUCAGUCAGUCUUUCAAGGGCACCAUCCAUCUUCACAUUCCUUUCGGUCUUCCACCGUUCGUCGUUCCUUACUUUUGUUUUAUUUCGGUUUGCCCUCUCGACAUCAUCGGAAUCCUCACGCUUUUCGCGACGCAGGCCGUCUAAUUUUUUUUGUCCCAUUCUUUUAACGUUUUUUUUUCUUUUUUUUCUUUUCAACUUGCACUCACUACGGUAGCCAUUCUCUGUACCGCAAGGAUUUCUUUCACCAAACCUAAAUCAACCUUGAUUCUGCGGGUUUCGAUAGCUCACAAAGGAGGUGAGAACGGAAAAAAAACGAAUCUGGGAGAAAUCUUGGAAAAAUGGUCAACUCGGUAGUGAUAUCCUAUGUUGCAACAAACAUCAUCUUCUUGGGGACUGGUAUUCUGCUCGUGUCGGCUGCGGCGAUAUGGCAGAAGGAGUUGAUGGGUGAACCAGCGAUGGACUCGGUUGCAAGAUUGCUGUUGUUGAAGAAGGCACCCCUUAGUGGUAAGCUUCGUCCCUCGACCCUUCCAGACUAUUGGGGAUACGGGCAUGGUGGGCUACGGUAGAGUUUUGUGGUUAACGAGUUCACUGGCUUGGUUUUUCAGCGGUAAUCGCAAAUGGAGUUAUGGUCCUCGCCGCUUUCCUGCUUUCCCUACCAACUUUCGCUCUACCGACAUCACGAACAUGGCUCAAGGCCCACGGCUGGUUGGUCAUGGUGUGCGCGCUCUUCACGAUGGUAUUGGGAUUGAUGGAAUGGGUCACCACUCUUACCACCCGGGCGAAUCUCGAGACAAUCUGGGGUCAGCAGACUCCUCAGAUCCAAAGCAUGCUUCAACAGAAGGUUCGUUAUACAGUACCUCCCGAUAUUGCGGCGCUUAAAACCGGUUUCAUCGCAGGGCAGCACUCUCCCGAGUUUCGCGUUGCGUGGUUGCCCUGCCUAAUUGGGAAAGUCGCUGAUGAUUUAUCCGCUGUUAUUUAUAGUUCAACUGCUGCGGAUACCUGAAUAGCACUUCUCCAUUGUACGUCGUCGAUAGCGUGUGCACGAAUGACAUCUCUGCAGCAUCGAAGGAAGGUUGUGUUAGCCCCUUUUCGAACUAUGCUGAGAGAUGGAUUAACCUUCUCUUCACCGCUCUUUUUGGCAUUGUUGGUAUGUUUUUCAAUCUUCCCCGCACACUAUUUAAUUUCACAGACUGUUUCCGCCAGGGAUGAUGCUGAUCUGUAUGCAAUGAAGGGAUGGAUGCUGUGCUCAUACUGUGCGCUGCGAUGCUUAUCCGGUACCGCAAGGAGCAGCUGCGCUACAGGCUCAUCGAUCAGAAAUGGGGUAUGGGCAAUAUCUAAGAGGUUGCGGAGGCGUGGCUUGGUGAUGACCGGAGGAGAUUUUCUUUCCCUACGAGUGGUGGCGCCUGGAAUCACCGGGGCUUUAUGCAUUACGACCAAAGCCGUGGAGUCAGGCACCUGCUGCGUGCUUUAACCCACCGUUCGAUGAUGGCGAGUCAGGGGCGGUGAGUGAGCAUCGGGAAAGCACGUGGAAGCUGUUCGGACAGUUACGGUCUCUCAUUUCCUUCCAAGUCUACAUAAUACCACGCCGUGUUAGGUCGAUCGACAGGCAUGUUGCGUCUGUUUCUAUCUAUCAGCGAGUCCUUUUUUUUUUUUUUUUUCUUUUUCCUUUCUGUGCAUUUUUGUUUUUUGUUUUCUUUUAUUUUUUUUCUGUGUUUGUAGUAUUUAUUCCAUUCGAUCCUCCCCUUUAUACCCUUUGAGGCUGCAUUCGAUUCCUGCUGUUUGUAUCAUAUUUUUUAUCCGUAGCUUGGGCCUGCUUGCCAGCCUUUUCUUUCUUUGGUUCAGACUUUGUUUUUCAUUUCAUUUCAUUUUUUUUCGUGGCAUCACUCUUGCUUCGAGAGCGAUCUACUGUACGACAUACAGAACACUGGAGGUUGGGGAGGGGGAGGGAGAUGUAGAUAGCAUGCACUCAAAUGCCGGCAUACCAAACUCAAUGAUUGCUUCCCUCCCCCCCACGCUAGCCGCGGUUCUUCUGGAAGCCACUCCAUA